CAAGGGCGCGUGAAAAUGAAAAGAUUUUGGCGGGUGGAAAGGAAUUCAAAAGGCGACUCAGAUUUCAAUUUCAAAACUCUCUAUUCUUUCCCUGUCUUCUCUGCUACUCUUCUUCCUCUUCUUCCCCCAUUUAUCUCAGAAAAGGGCAAAACAACUUCUAAAUUUCCGCUGAAAUGGGAGAUCCAAGUCACCUUGAGAAAAUGGGCAGAGAACUCAAGUGCCCCAUCUGCUUGAGUCUGCUAAAUUCCGCUGUUUCGCUUACAUGCAAUCAUGUAUUCUGCAAUUCGUGUAUUGUGAAGUCGAUGAAAUCGGGUUCCAAUUGCCCAGUUUGUAAGGUGCCGUAUCGGCGUAGAGAGGUUCGAGCUGCACCUCAUAUGGAUAACCUGGUGAGCAUUUACAAAAGUAUGGAAGCUGCUUCUGGAUUCCAAAUAUUUGUCAGUCAGAAUCCACCGUCAACUAAAUCAUCUGGACAAUUAGAUGAUGCAAACUGUGGAAGAGAAGAUAUCCAUACGAAUUCUGAUGACAGAGUGCAAAAGGAAAGAUCUUCCAUAAGAAAAUUUUCGAGGAAAACUAUUAAAUCCAACUUGGAAGUUUCUGAUUCUAUUUCUGCAAAGCCUUCCUUCCCUGCUAAGAAAAGAGUUCAAGUGCCACAAUGUCUUCCAUCAGAAACCCCAACACGAACUGAGAAGUUAGAAAUCAGAUCAGAUGAAAACACUAAGGAAGGAUUUAAGAACAUUUCAUCAGUUCCAAGGGAAAAUUCUGCCCCCAAUGAAAGGGGUGAACCUGUGCUUUCCCCUUUCUUCUGGUUGAGAGAUGAUGAAGGCUUAGAGAAGUUAAGUCAGCAUACUAUUGGUAGUCAACAUUUGGAUAUAACACCUCCAGACAUUCCUACUUUUAGUGAUAUCAAGGAUUCAGAUGAUGACUGCCCCUCUAAAUUAUCCACAGAAGAGGAAGCAUGUGGAAAAUCAAAUUAUGGAGAUCUUCUUGACAGUGAAAUGUUUGAGUGGACGCAGAAAGCUUGCUCCCCUGAACUUUUGUCAAGUCCUGCUGUGAAGGAUGAAAAUGCUGGUGAAAUUGAUGGAAACCAAGAAAGCAAACAAGAUCUAUUCAUACCAAGUUCAAAUACAAAUGAAAAUGAUGUUGCAAGUGAAACAUAUUUGAAUGAAGAACAUGUAAUGGACAUUGCAGACGAGGAAUCUCCUACUUUGUCCCCUCUGAGAACCAGAAGUACUAAUUGUCAAAGUGCCUCUAACAAAUCCAAGAGGAGAGUUAAGACUGUUAGCGAAAAGGCAACACUAAAAAAAUGUGCUAAGAGAGAUACAGAAAUAAAUUCUGAGGUUCCAUCUAAUUCAGAGACAAAGUGUAGAAAAAUUAUGCAGAAGGAAGAAUGCAAUGAGAAGGAAAACUCUAUAAAAUGCAAGAAAAGUAGGAGAAAAAAGGUUGUUUUUUGUUCCACUUUAACUGAAUCAAAACCUGAAAAUGUUCUCCCUGUUUCUUUUAGAGAAGAAACACCAAAUCAAGGUGACAAGAAGAUAACAUCAGAGUUAUCUGCUUCAUUGUGUCAGAGACAAUGUCAUAAUGAAGACCAAAAAAAAAGAAAUAUGAGGAAAAUGUGUGGGAAUGUCAGCACCCGUCAGGCUGGUUCUUUGAGGUUGAAGAAACAAAAAUUGGAUUGCAUUGAUAUGAACAUGAUUGAAGAAACUUGUAAAGUCCAAAACCCAGUAGAAAAUGAUGAAAGCUCUUCUAAAGUUGAUGGUAAGUACAUCUCAUAUAUCAAGCAGAAACAGCAGAAACAUGGAACUGAAGUUAACUCUGUAUUGGGCUCAGAAAGCAAUAAAGAGUUAAGAAGUAUGAAGAAGAUGAAAGUUUCCUUUUAUGGGAUCUCAGAGGAUGGGUUAAUGAAUGACCAACAGGAGGGUCAUAGUAAUAUCUCUCCGAAGGAAACUCAAUUCACUGAAAAGGCAACUUAUGUCUCUGCAAAGGAAACUAAGUCCAACAAAAAGGUACGAGGUAGUCUUGGUUCAAGGAUUCCUGAUAAUUUGGAAACGUUGGGGAUACCUGUUCAAGCUAAUGGAGCUGCUUUGCAUACUUGCCAAACCCUUGCUCGUAAAGUUCAAUGUGCUUUCUGUCUUUCUUCAGAAGACUCAGAGGCCUCAGGAGAGAUGGUUUGCUAUUCCAAUGGCAGACCUGUAGCUGCAAAUUAUAAUGGUGGAUCCAAAGUCAUACACUCUCAUAAAAAUUGUGCCGAGUGGGCACCUAACGUUUAUUUUGAGGAUGAUACUGCAAUUAAUCUUGAAGCUGAAUUAACUAGAAGUAAGAAGAUAACAUGCUGCUGCUGUGGGCUGAAAGGUGCUGCUCUUGGUUGUUAUGAAAAGAGUUGCCGCAAAAGUUUCCAUGUCACAUGUGCAAAGAUGAUCCCUCAAUGUCGAUGGGAUACUAACAACUUUGUCAUGCUAUGCCCUCUUCAUACUUCUUCGAAGUUGCCUAUUGAAGACUCAGGAUUUGAAGAGAAAACAAGAAAGACAAGCGUUCCAAGAAGGAAAAGGUCCAACCAGUGCAGUCGCGUUGUCUUGAAACAUGAUGUCAGUUCAUGUCCAAAUUGGAUUUCAGGUGUAACACCAGUAAAGUUGGUUCUUAGUUGUUCUGCUCUCACAGUUGAGGAGAAGGAAAUUGUUUCUGAAUUUGGGAGGUUAUCUGGAGCUACAGUGUUGAAAAAUUGGGAUUUGAGUGUCACCCAUGUCAUUGCAUCUACAGAUGAAAAUGGAGCAUGCAGAAGAACCCUCAAGAUCUUGAUGGGCAUCUUGGAAGGGAAAUGGAUUCUGAAUAUUGAGUGGGUUAAAGAUUGCAUGAAGGCAAUGAAACUAGUUCAAGAGGAGCAAUAUGAAAUUGUAGUGGAUAUUCAUGGAAUCAGGGAUGGCCCUCGACUUGGAAGACUGAGAAUCCUGAACAAGCAACCAAAAAUCUUUGAAAGGUUUAGAUUCUAUUUGAUGGGAGAUUUUGUAGCUUCUUACAAGGGAUAUAUUCAGGAUCUUCUAAUUGCUGGUGGAGGAAUAGUUCUGCAUAGAAAACCCAUAUCUGGAAACCAAGGGGCCAUAUCAUUGGAUUCCUCUACAAUUACAACAUUUGUGGUUUACAGCAUCGAGCUUCCUGAUAAGUGUGAUCUCAGCAAGAAGGAUAUUAUUUUAAAUCAAAGAAGGUUUGAUGCUGAAACACUGGCGAGUGCAACUGGAGCUAGGGCAGUAAGCAAUUCUUGGGUUUUGAACUCCAUUGCAGCUUGCAAACUGCAAAAUUUUGUUGAACAAAGGUGAUAUAUGGUUCCAUUGGAGGGCCUUUGUACUAAUACAGGGUGAUUGCUCAUUUGUUUUUAUUGUUAGAAACAUGUAUAAACAUAUUUGCAAUGUAUAUAUUAAUUAUUAUGUGAC